AGAAGGCUGUUUAAUUCCCGUGAGGUGAUGCCCUGGUUAGUAACUUAAUAAAGCUGCUGGAUGCGAUCCCGGGGCACAAUGUGUGGAUCAUGUUCGAAUGACAGACCUGCUCUCCUAUCCAUUCCUGCGCUCACACAGCCUGCUGCUUUCCUGAGGUUCCUGUCCUGGUGUAACUGUCAGAGCAUAAUGGUGGCUUUUAAAGGGAUCUGGACCAAGGACUUCUGGAGGGCUGUGUCUGGAGAAUACCUGGCCACUCUCAUCUUUGUCCUUCUCAGUCUGGGCUCCACCAUCAACUGGGCUGCAGGGGAGGAGAAGCCUCCCCCAGCUGACCUAGUCCUCAUCUCUCUAUGCUUUGGCCUGAGCAUCGCCACAAUGGUGCAAUGUUUUGGCCACAUCAGCGGCGGACACAUUAACCCAGCGGUCACUGCAGCCAUGGUGGUGACUAGAAAGCUGAGCCUGGCAAAGGCGUUGUUCUAUGUGGUGGCUCAGUGCCUGGGAGCUAUUACAGGAGCUGGGAUCCUCUACUUCGUCACACCUGCUGCUGUCAGAGGGGCCCUUGGUGUGACCACGGUGAACUCCAAAAUCUCAGUGGGACACGGCCUUCUUGUGGAGCUCCUUAUCACAUUCGAACUGGUCUUCACCGUCUUUGCUACCUGUGACACCAAACGCACAGACCUAGGAGGCUCUGCUGGCCUUGCCAUUGGCUUUGCUGUAGCUAUUGGUCACUUAUUUGCAAUCCCCUAUACAGGAGCCAGCAUGAACCCUGCUCGAUCCUUUGGGCCUGCAGUGGUCACACUCAACUUCGAGAACCACUGGGUGUACUGGCUGGGACCUGUUCUGGGGGCCAUCCUGGCUGCUGGUCUGUAUGAGUACCUGUACUGCCCUGACCCUGAGCUAAAGAAGAGGAUGAAGCAGGUCUUUCAGAAGGACCAGUCAGGGAAAUACAGGGAGGUGGAGACGGAGGACAUUGCCAUCAAGCCCGGCUCCAUCCAUACCAUCUCUGAUGUGGAGAAAGCUGAGAAAAAAGAUCAUUUCCAUGACUCAACGGGAGAAGUCCUGUCUUCAGCAUGACUAUCACAUGCACUGGAAAUGGAGACCAAUCUGUAGAGUGGAAUGACUUUGUAAAACUUUGUAUCCAUCUUGAACCUGUCCCCCCUCUAAAGACUCAGUCAUGAGAUUUGCUUGCAGUGCAAACAGUAGCACAGUUGCACGAAGUGCUAUUGCACAGUGACUCAGUCAGCCUCAGAGCAGAAUAUGAUUUCUGCCCAUUAGGCUUCACAGCAAGGCUAAAUUACUCUCAUUGUCAUAAAGCUAAUAUGAUGCUGUGGCUCAAUCACACAAACAUCUACAACCUGUUCAAUACUGCUCCUGAACAGCACUCCUACUCCUUCAACAAUUUAGUAGCAGUGCUGGCAUGUGGCGCGCAUUGCACGCUGCAAAAUGACGGCCCGCAAUACAUUGUGUUAAGGAAAUAUGUGUAAGGGUCAACCAAUUAUGUGAGGUCAUCACGCUGAAUUGGAGGACUGAAGAAGAAUAUGCAGCCUUGUUAUUUUUGGAUUAGUGUCACAUUUGGUCCAUGUAUUGUAUAUGCAAUAACAGGAGAGAUGUUCCUUGUGAUCAUUAAGCACAUUACAGGUCCCAAGCAAUGUAAGACAUCUCUGACAAGCUUUAUUAUCAGAGUUGUUUUACUGUGCUCUCUAUUUUCAGUGCAUUAGUCAGGGAAACAACCAGUUCAUCUUUAUGUAAACACUGUCUUUCUGUGUUUAGUGUACAUUAUGUUAAACAAUGGAUAAUGAUUUUGUUUUUUCUAUUUCACUUUUUUGUGAACUGUUUUUAUUCUCUAGAUCUAGAUUUGGUUCUUCUUAUUUCUCCAUAUGAUUUGCUGCAUUUCAUAUUAUUACUUAAAUUAUUGAUAAGAGAUUUGGAGGCUCUAUCUUGAUGAAUUUGUGUUUUUGUGAAUUUGCUCAUUAAUUGUUUUACAAACUGCAAGUGCUACAAAAUAUUUGGUUGUAAUAAUAAAGAUUUUUCC